CAAUCAUCUCCGAGGUUUCGUGCAGUCGAUGAGAACGGUUGAUAGCAACAACGAAGAAGUUAACGUUGGUGAAGAAGAAGAUGAUAUUUCCUAAGAGUCUGAUCCAGGAUCUUCACAAAUGGGGAUGCAUGAAGCAAACGGGCGUUAGCCUCAGGUAUAUGAUGGAGUUUGGUUCCACGCCAACCGAGAGGAACCUUUUGAUCUCCGCGCAGUUUCUACAUAAGGAGCUUCCGAUUCGUGUCGCGAGGAGAGCGAUCGAACUCCAGGCGUUGCCUUAUGGUCUCUCCGAGAAACCUGCUGUAUUGAAGGUAAGGGAUUGGUAUCUGGAAUCAUUUAGGGACAUGAGAGCGUUUCCUGAGAUCAAGGAUACAAGUGAUGAGAAAGACUUUACUCAGAUGAUUAAGGCUGUUAAAGUAAGGCACAACAACGUGGUUCCCAUGAUGGCUCUCGGUGUUAACCAACUCAAGAAAGGAGUUCAUUUCUACGAGAAUCUUGAUGAGAUUCAUCAGUUUCUUGAUCGCUUCUACUUGUCUCGUAUAGGCAUCCGUAACCUUAUUGGGCAGCAUGUUGAGUUGCAUAAUCCAAAUCCACCACGUCAUUGUGUGGGUUACAUACACACCAAGAUGUCUCCUAUGGAGGUAGCAAGGAACGCCAUUGAAGAUGCCAGGGCUAUUUGUUUCCGAGAGUAUGGUUCUUCUCCGGAAAUAAACAUAUAUGGAGAUCCAAGUUUCACCUUUCCGUAUGUUCCAACACAUUUGCAUCUUAUGGUAUAUGAGUUAGUUAAGAACUCUCUACGUGCUGUACAAGAACGAUAUGUUGAUUCAGAUAGAGUUGCACCACCGGUCCGCAUUAUUGUUGCUGAUGGGAUCGAAGAUGUUACAAUAAAGGUCUCAGAUGAAGGUGGAGGUAUACCAAGAAGUGGUCUCCCCAAAAUAUUCACAUAUCUUUACAGUACCGCAACAAACCCGCUUGAAGAGGAAAUGACAUUUGGAGCAGCUGAUGUUCCUGUGACUAUGGCUGGUUAUGGUUAUGGUCUGCCAAUUAGUCGCUUGUAUGCUCGUUAUUUUGGUGGAGAUUUGCAGAUCAUAUCCAUGGAAGGAUAUGGAACUGAUGCUUACUUGCACUUGUCUCGCCUUGGAGAUUCACAAGAGCCUUUGCCCUGAGAAAAUCUCCCAACUCAGGCUAGUGAAUAAAGCUUUGACAUACUAAUGGUAGAGGAAGGAUCUACUUUGUUCACUAAGUGUGUUUUUUUUUUGUUUUCAGUUUAUUUGAUGUACAUACAUUGUUACUCUCAUUUAUGCUUCCUUGAUUCGAAACUCAGAUAUGGUGGUUAAAUCUCCUCUGACUUGAUUUUAUUUGAUUCAAAACAUUCUGUAAGCAAAAGGUUAUUGUCCUGGUUUAUAUACUUGGAAAAAAAAUAUAUAUUGAAGAAUGUCCUAGAUUUGUAUUGUCUAUCGUCAACCCAGACACUGUAGCAGCAAACGGCUCUUGAG